AUGGACGACGGCACAAUCAAUAAUGACCAAUGGCUAACCCUCUCUCUCUCCCUCCCUUCACCACCCACACCCCCGCACUCAUCACAAGAAGACCAAAAGCCCGCUCAGCCACUUAUGCUGCCGGCGGCGAUGACCAGACGAACGAAGAAAGCCACUGCCAAAACAAAGACCAUAGAUCCACCGCCAUUCCCAUGGGCCACAACGAAACUCGCCACCGUUCAUACUCUUGAACACUUACUGGCAAACAAAAUUAGCUCAAUCUCCGGAACCGUUAAAUGCAGAUCGUGUCAGAAGCAAUACGAAAUGGAUUUCGAUCUGGAAGGGAAGUUUCGCGAAGUUGCGCGGUUCGUUAUCAAGAAAAACCGGGACACGCACGACCGGGCACCGAGCUCUUGGAUGGCUCCGGUUCUUCCAAACUGUGAGUUCUGCAACGGAAAGAAUACGGCGGUUCCGGUGAUCGCCGCAAAGAAGAGGAAUAUCAAUUGGUUGUUCUUGUUUUUGGGACAAAUGAUUGGGUGUUGUAAGCUUCCGCAAUUGAAGUAUUUCUGCAAGCAUGCAGAUAUUCACUUAACUGGAGCCAAAGAUCGGUGUGGAUUAAUUUAUUUAUUUUUGUUGUAUACUUAUGAUGAUGAGAGAUCAAUAACUCAGUUUAUAGUUUAUACCAUUGCACGGUCUUACGUUAAAAAUAAUAAUUUCGAUGACCCUGUAAGCAGUUACUUUGACAAUGACCAGUUGAGAUAA